AAUUGAAAAAUUGUUUGGGAGGUCCGUGUCCGACACAAAACAAGCAUUUUUCCACCACCACCGCGGAAACCAAAACAACCGAUCAAGAUAUGAUAAGGAGAGAGAAAUGUUCAUACAACUGAUUCGCACCGGCUUCCAAUUUCAUUGUGGUGUUUAUGGAUGAGCUUCAUAUUUCAUAUCAUAUGAGAAAAUUCUACUGCCACGCGAUUCCGCCAACUCAAAUUUCAUCCUGACCGCAAAGCUCGAGACUCAGUGAACCAAACCAAAAACCGGACAGGAUCCUGUGAUCGAGACAACGCCAAACUACCAUCACAACAACCACUACCGAAUUUCAAGGGAGCAAAAGAGGAAAUGGUUCAGUAUAUCUUCACACCCUGGCGCGACCGCCGCGAACUCCUCGCCGUUCGCCGGCAAUUUUACCCGCACCAGUACGGAAGCCAGGCAGCAUCGCAACCCCAACAACUGUCGCAAAGAGGAGGAGCAGGAGCAGGAGCAGGAGCCAAACGAGGACGUGCAGCACAAAAUACCCAGCGCACCACUCGAAAACGGGCAAGAACCGAUGACGCUGCCAUUUCCUCCGAAACAGAGAAGGAGGAUAACAAUGACCGACAAACCCGACAUGGAGACGAACGCCGCCUAGCCGUCGCCCGCGUCUCCAUGUGGAUGCAGCGCGGCAACUGUCCACACAUGGUCGAGUCGACUGCCCUGCUCAUGGCCGCGAUUCUUAGUGACGAAGAGCAAACCGGCAUCGCUGGCAGCUGGGGCACUGCUAGUUCUUACGGUACUUUAGGCACGGGCAUGGUUAAAAGGGAAAUGGAUGUGGAUGGGUUCAGUGGCAGCGGGAUUGGGGUCAUGAGUUCAAGCUAUGCGGUUAGGGCGGCUUAUUCUGCUGCUUUUAGUCGCUUCGUAACAGGCCUCUUGGACUCCCACCAAGAUAAACAGCGCAAGAUGUCCAUGUACGGCGUCGCCAAGAGCGUUGGAUUACCGGCGACUUUUGUCGAACUCAGACAUCAGGCUACGCAUGAGCAGUUGCCGAGUUUGACGAGGUUGAGGACCGCGGCGAAGAAGGGGCUGGAGUGGAUUUGGGAUUAUUAUUGGAAGCAUUUGCCGGAGGUUGAGGAUGAGACGAAGGAGGAGGAGGGUGGGGAUGAUGUUAUCAUGUUGGAUGAAGGUGACGAGCAGGAUGAGAAGGAUGAGGGUGGUGAGGACGAUGAGGACGAUGAGGGACCGGCGUGGCGGUUGUAUGAGGAGGGGUGGGUGCCUAAGCCUAUUGGUGUUGUAUAAUGGUUGACGAUGGUGGUUUCAUGGAUAUCAUGAUGUUCUCAUCCGUUGGCGUCUUCCAAUCGCAAUGUCUUGGUGAUAUUCAGCAGUUCGCAUACAGCUGUCCAUAUACUGAAUGGUGCGAGUUGCUACAUACCACAUCUGGACAUAUCGUCAUGGACAGUUUCCCGCCUAGAAGCGGAGUGGGUAUAGCAUGUUGUCCCCGCGUGCAUUCUGCCGAGCGAACUUAUCCAGUGAUAACGUCAUACAGGCACUAACGCACUUCAACUCU